UGUACCUGUCAUGUGAUUUUCUUUAUUGUUUGACAGUUAAAGUUGAGAACAAUCGAAAAUAAAACAAUAUAGGUGCCAGAUAUUUGUCUCUCUUUGUGAUAGAUCGAGUCGAUAAUCGGUGCUGACAUCAGAGCGACACAUCUGAGGUAGCUGUCAUGGCAAACUACACAGAGCUUGUGUCUGGAGUGCGAAAAACGUUUCUCUCGGGGAAAACAAAGACUUUGGCAUGGCGUCGAAAGCAGCUUGAUGGUAUUCUAAAGAUUUUAACGGAAAAGAAAGAUGACAUAGUGGAGGCCCUUAAGAAAGACUUACACAAGCCAAAGAUGGAGACUUUGGUUUUUGAAGUGUCCUUAGCAACAAACGAGGUCAUUAAUACCAUGAAUAAUUUAGAGGAAUGGAUGAAACCAGAGAAGGUGAAGAAGGGACUGUUAAAUAUGAUGGACACAUGCUACAUAAGGAGGGAGCCGCUUGGUACUGUCCUCAUCUUGGGGGCCUGGAACUACCCUCUGCAGUUAACCCUCCUACCUCUGUUAGGGGCCUUGGCAGCAGGGAAUUGUGCAAUUUUGAAACCCUCUGAAGUGGCGGAAAACACAGCUUUGCUCCUGGAAAAACUAAUCCCACAAUAUCUGGAUACGGAAUGUGUAAAGGUGGUGAAUGGUGGGGUGCCCGAGACAACUGCCCUGCUCAAGGAGAGAUUUGAUCAUAUCUUCUACACGGGAAACAGCAUGGUGGCCAAAAUAGUAAUGAAAGCUGCAGCAGAGAACCUGACCCCAGUCACUUUAGAGCUGGGAGGAAAGAGCCCUGUGUAUAUUGAUCGUGGAUGUGACCUAUCAGUGGUCGGCAGGCGCCUCAUGUGGGGUAAGGUCUGUAAUGCUGGACAGACCUGUGUGGCCCCAGACUAUGUCCUCUGUCCACAAGAUGUACAGGAGCCCCUUAUAGAGAAGCUGAAGUCUGCCUUGGAUGAGUUUUACAAAGGAGAUCCAGCAGAAUCCGACGACUAUGGUCGCAUUAUUAAUAAACGACACUUCGAGCGUGUGAAGAAUCUGCUGGGUUCGGGGACUGUGGCGUUUGGAGGAGACCUGAAACCAGAGGAAUUGUACAUCUCGCCCACAGUCAUUAAAGAUGUCAAGUUAGAUGAUCCUGUCAUGACCAAUGAGAUAUUUGGGCCAUUGUUGCCGAUUGUCACAGUGAAGAAUGAAGAUGAAGCAAUUGACAUCAUCAAUUCACGUGAAAAACCAUUGGCUUUGUAUGUCUUUUCCACAAACAAGAAUGUGGUGGACAAAAUUGUGGAGCAGACCAGCAGUGGUGGAUUUUGUGUGAAUGAUGUCAUGGUACAUGGAGGAUUGGAAACUUUGCCUUUUGGGGGAGUGGGUCAUAGUGGAAUGGGAAGCUACCACGGACAUCACACAUUUGAUACCUUCAGCCAUAAGCGAGCCUGCUUGCUGAAGGAUUUGAAAAUGGACAAUGUUAAUCAGAUCCGAUACCCUCCAUACACUGAGAAGAAGCUGAGCUGGAUCACUUGGAUAAUGCAGAAGAAACCCAAGAGAUCUGGAAUCCUUUCUUUUGUUCCAUUCCUCCUGUUAGGCACCAUUUUUGCCGUGGUGUUUAAGGUACCGCAUGGUGUAAUGAGGUCACCGUGAUACAUUGUACUUUUGAGAGACAAUAUUAUUGAUUCUUGGGAUAUAGAGCCUUCAGGUGACUGUUGAUUUUUGGACCAGGAUAAAUUCAGGAAGAUUGUCAUUGGAACUCCCUUUUAUGCUACAUUGUGAAAUUCAUUAUUAGUAGCUAGAUUAUAAUACCAUUCGAGCUGAAAGUAGAAGGUAACUUACCAAUAACAUAGUUUAUGUCUAUUUUUUUCAAGAUGGACUGUUAAACUCAGGCAAAAUUUAUCUGUAAUUAAAAAUGACGAUUUAACAUGGCAUUGUGGUGUUUAUUGGUUAUGACUGUGCUUUGAACAGAAUCCAUUAAACAAUCUGUCCAAUUCAUGAGCUAGUAUUAAAUAUCAAAGAAAAAAGGAAGAAAAUUGUUUCAAGUGGUAAGUCAAGUGAAGAAAUGUUUGUAGGCCUACAUCUACAUGUAUCUUUUUGUAGAUCACUUAAAUUUUUUUAAGAAUAUAUUUGUUUUCGUUAAUUAAACAAUUCCCUGUACUUUGAUCUGGUUUAGAUUUUUUUAUACUACAUAUAUAGUAUGUGCAUAGAAUGUAUGAUACUAGAUUUAGGUAGUUUGCUGUGUUGUUAAUAAACUAAUUACUUUACUUAUGUGGCCAGCUGAUCAUCAGAUCACCAGCUAUUCUCUGGCUACAGUUGAACUAUACUUAAUAACCUCUGAUUUCAGCCAUGACUAACUUGCUCAUUUUCUCUUAUUCUUAGAGUUCUGUUGAGUUUAGAGUGCAAACUAUUAUUGGUUUAUCAUCCCAUUUACUGAACAAGCAUCUAAGAAAUUUAGAAUAUUUGAAUAUCCUGAAUAUGCAUCAUAUUCAGGGUACUCAAAGUGAUUAAAGUUAGAAUAUGUACUUGUUGUUAUUUUUAGAUUUCUUUUCUCUUUUCCAUAAAGUGUCCGGUUAUAUUGUACCUUGAUUUAUCUGUUUACAAUUCGUUACUGUAGAAGAGGUGCUGAAGUACUGGUGUAGUAUUUGUGAGAAUAGAAUAUGUCUGAUCAUUGUGUUGUCUCUGGUUAUUAACAGUUGUGUGACAUGAACCCUCUGUUUGUUAUCAAGAAAUGAUAAUGUAAUGCAUUCAAGGAAGUGAGUAAACAGGGAUUGUUACUUGAUGUUACAUGUACAUUAAACCUUUAAGUUUUUUUUAAUGAUACAUGUGUCUUAAGAUGCAUUGAUGUGUAUAUACAUGUAGGUAUAUGUUAACAGGUGCUUGUAUUGUUAUAUGUAACGGUGACUUCAUCAAAAUAAAUCUGAUUAGUUUAUUUAUGAUCUGAUCUGAAUGACAUGUUUACUCCAAUGAAUUUAUCGGAACAAACAAACCAUGAGUCCACAAUUGGUGUUAAUAUAUUUUUCAAAUUUUCAAGAAAUUUAGUUUG